CUAGGCUUGAACCAGUACCGACUAACGUUAGCUGGGCUUGAGGAGACGACGAUCUCGUAAUAUUCAUCGUCUACUAAAAGCCCAGGUACUGGUUCAAGCUAGGCUCAGCUAUCUACCAGCUGUGUUGGCUUCAUCAUUAACUGACAGCAGCUAGCUAAUUCCCAUUUCUUGCCAGCAAAUAAAGGAACGUUUUCCAGUUAUUUGUUGCCCACAUAUUUUAUUACAGUUACUGUGUCAGCAUUGGCAACCUUAACCAGUGAUGGAAUUUUGUGUUAGCCAGAUUAUACAGGAUAACCAGUCCUGGAAUGUUCACAGACAUGGACUAUGAGUUGGAGGAGGACAAACUGGGGAUCCCUACAGUCCCUGGGACUAUAUCCCUGAAGAAGGAUGCGCAGAACCUGAUAGGGAUCAGCAUUGGGGGUGGGGCGCAGUACUGUCCCUGUCUUUACAUUGUACAGGUCUUUGACAACACCCCUGCUGCUCUGGAGGGGACUCUGGCGUCUGGUGACGAGAUCACAGGAGUGAACGGCAAACCUGUGAAGGGCAAGACAAAGGUGGAGGUGGCAAAGAUGAUUCAGGCUGUCCAGGGAGAAGCAACGAUCCACUACAACAAGCUGCAGGCUGACCCCAAACAGGGGAAGUCACUGGACAUAGUGCUGAAGAAGGUGAAGCACCGCCUGGUGGAGAACAUGAGCUCUGGUACAGCCGACGCUCUGGGGCUCAGCAGAGCCAUACUCUGCAAUGAUGGUCUGGUGAAGAGACUGGAGGAGUUGGAGAAAACAGCAGAGCUGUACAAAGGCCUGAUGGAGCACACGAAAAGACUGCUCAGAGCCUUCUUUGAACUCUCUCAGACACACAGAGCAUUUGGGGAUGUGUUCUCUGUGAUCGGGGUACGGGAGCCUCAGGCUGCAGCCAGUGAGGCCUUUGUGAAGUUUGCUGAGGCUCAUCGCAACAUGGAGAAGUACGGUAUCCAGCUGCUAAAGACCAUCAAGCCUAUGCUCCAUGACCUGAACACCUACCUUCAUAAGGCAAUACCAGACACCAAGCUCACCAUCCGCAAAUACCUGGACGUCAAAUUUGAGUACUUGUCUUACUGUCUGAAAGUGAAGGAGAUGGAUGAUGAAGAGUACAGCUGCAUUGCGAUGGGAGAGCCUAUGUAUCGCGUCGGCACCGGGAACUACGAGUACCGGCUUGUGCUGCGGUGUCGACAGGAGGCCCGUGCUCGGUUCGCCAGGAUGAGAAAGGAUGUGUUGGAGAAGAUUGAGCUACUGGACCAGAAACAUGUCCAGGACAUCGUGUUCCAGCUGCAGCGUUUUGUGUCAGGCAUGUCUCGCUACUACGACGAGUGCUACGCCGUGCUGAAGGAUGCUGACGUUUUCCCCAUCGAGGUGGACCUCUCCCGCACAAUGAUCAACUACGGCAGCCAGUCAUGCUCCUUCACAGAAGAAGAGGAGGAGGAGGCGGAGGAGGGAGGAGGAAGUGAAGAACAGGAUGGGGGUGCUGGCAAGCAGGCUGAGAACGGUGCUGAAAAACUGAUUGAUGAUUAUUGAGAGUUAAUAUGAUUGUUUUCUGGAGCAAAAUUCCACCUACGUCUAUCAACUGCCACUCACUCUGCAUUUAUUUAUGGUUAGUUAAAUAUGUGGAAAUGGUCAGCAAAGUCAUCACACUGGAAAAUACUACUGUGAAUUGCUGCUAUUCAACUGUACUGGAACUAACUAUUGCAACCUACUGUAACCAAUAGCAUUUCCACAACUGACAGCCAUCACUGUAACCAACUUUGUGGGGCUUGAAUCGAUUUCUCAACAGGUUUUUACUGGAUCAGUUUAUUUCAAGUCCCCACCAAACACAUCAGAUUGGUAUAUUUCCCUAAAACAUGUUAUAUCGUUGCUAAAUGAGUGCAGUAUAGUAUGUUACAGAAUGAUUGGGCAAAGUGUAUUUUGUAGGAGGUGCUGAUGAUUCAGUUUAGAGAAGUGUAUAUAUGUUUGGGGGUCUUUCAGUCUCACGAGUCUAUUCUCAACAAGUGGCUAGUCCUGGGUCUUAGUGAGAUGACAGCGGUUAAAUGCUGUUCCCGAUAAAAUGAUGGAACAUUUUGGGGAGAGCACAUGAUUAAGAGAGAUCAUUAACCACGGCUGGCCACAGACCAAAAUAGGACUCAUUUUCCAUUGACACAAGCCCUGAUGUUACAAGUUUAACAGUCCCACUCAAUAUUUUGAAUUCUAUCUGCAGAAAACCACAUGACAUUUACAAAUCACUUGUAAAGGAUGAAUGUGUAAUGGCAAGGUUUGGCCCAAACAGCAUUUUAAACUGUAUGAAGGAACCUCGGUCAAAUUAAAUUGUAUAAUUCCACAGUG